CUUAAAUAUAUCUACUCUUUUGAAUUACACAUACUGUACACCAUUCCUAUUAUUGCCGCCUAGUCUCCAUGCAGAACGAAACCCUAUCACCGGAAAAUGAGAAUAUUUCGAGCCGUUCUCUAGAGUCUCCCCCCACUGCUCCGCCACGCAAACGCCGGAGAGUACCAUUAGCAUGCAGGUCAUGUAGAGAAAGAAAGUCGCGUUGUAAUGGACAGCGCCCUAGCUGCUCGCCAUGCCUGGAACUUGGGAUCCAUUGCAUAUAUGAGGAAGCUUCUGGAGUAUCUAGAAGCUGGCGAGGAAUAGGAUCCGCAAAUAGCAGGGCAACUAAUAGAUGCAUUAUCAGCGAUGAAGGUGGUGAGACCGCCCAGUUGAGACUGAGAGUGAUGGAAUUGGAGGCCAGGUUACGCUCAGUCUCCGUUGCAGCUCCAAUCAUUCCACCAAACGGCAAAAGCAGAGAGCAGAUCAACAACCUGCGUGCAUCGUCGACGACUAGGCAGCCAAACCUGGGCGCCAUAAAUGCUCCUGUACCCUUAACCACACCUUCGACCGACAUUGGGGAAGAAACCGACGAAGUCCCAGUCGAUACUCUUGCUACCACUACAUUCGACGACGUACCAGAAAAAACAGACCGAAAUAUUGGGAAUUUUGGCCCGACUUCAAACCACGCUUUGUUCCGUACGCUCUCUGGAAUUUUCGCGCACGUUGUGCAUAUCUUCUCUCCAUCAAAUCAGCAACAUUGUACACCAAGCUCUGCGAGGGACUACCAUAGGUUUACUCGUCGUCCUCCAUUGUUACUACCAGAGAAACGCUUGGAGAUACGUCAGGACACGCCUGAUGUUGUCGACAUUUGUGUUCUACCAGAUGGUCAAGAUGUAAUACCAUUAAUCUCCCAAUUUUCUACCACGGUGGGCAUAGUAUUGCCAUUUGUUAACACGUCGACUAUAUUAUCUGAGUACAAACGAAGGCGAGAAAAUAACCAGCAACUUCCUAGACCGAUGGAAGCGCUAGUAAACAUCAUCUGCGCAUAUACUUCCUCUACACUACAGAAUUCAAAUGCGAAAGUAUAUUACCGUCGAGCACUAGCCUUACUGGACGAGCAGACACUCCGAGGAUCAUGUCUAGAGCUAAUCCAAGCACUUCUUCUGAUUGCUAGUUUUCAACAGAACCAUCAGCUUUCCAUCGCUAGUUGGACGUUCCAUGCCGUCGCCGUCAAAGCCGCUUUCCAGUUGGGUCUUCACUCACCAAUCUACUAUAAAGACCACUCGUUCCAGGAAAGCGAACUCCGGAAAAGACUGUGGUUUGCUCUAGUUAACCAGGAUAGACAUCUGAGUAUUUCGUUAGGUCGACCUUGCAUGAUCCCGCAGCAACACAUCCAAGUAGAAGUACCACGAGAUGCAUCUUUGAUUCUGCAGACUAUGCCCAUGACAAUGCCAGAACAGAUCGAUAGCUUGCUUUAUUUUAAUCGAGUAAUAUCGUUGGAUACUGUUAAAAUCUCGAUAAUUGACAACCUAUAUAACCACAAUAUUGAUUCAGAGUCCCUACCUCUUCACGAGCUACUCAUCAAAAGACUUCAGCUUUCAUGGCAGCUAGAGCAAUGGCGGCAAAAUACUGCUUCGUUUUGCGACAUCCUCUCUGAAAUCGAUUUAUGCCAGCAGUCUAGAGUACCAAACGUCACGAACAGACUUCAAGUGUUACUUUCCAUCCAAUACUAUAGUGUCACACUGCUCAUCAACGGGCCCGUGCUAACAAAAUUCUUAAGUGAAGCGGUCAAUAAAAAACAUAGUCCUAGAGACAAGACUAUGCUAAUAGAUAGUAUUAUGCCAGUGAUUAAGAGCGAAAUCAAAACUGCGAGAGAGCUCUUAAUAAUCAUUGACGGAGCAACUGCCUGUGGAGAAAGUUUCUUCGACUGUAACGCGGCGUGGUGGAACUGUAACUACAUCAUGUUCACUGUGAACUUACACUUAUUUGGUAUCCUUCUUGUACACAAGUGCCAUGGAGGGAUAUUAACUGCUGCGGGAGGUAUUGAGAUGGUAGAGGUGAGGUCAUCUCUCGACCGCGGCUUAAAGAUUCUACAGACUUUCGAGAGAAUUAGUUUAAUGAGUCGAAAAGCUCGUCACUGCAUAUUGGGGUUCUUGAGGGUUUUUGACUCCCUAGAAUCCGAUCUGCCGCCCACAAUACCCGGUAGCAACGCCCAGGCCGAAGUACCCGCAACACCAGAGAUAUUAGAUCCGUCUUGGAUAAUUGCCAAUGACACUAAUUCGAUGCCGCAGAAUCUCUUCUCACAGUAUGUUGCACAAUCGGCCGAUGAUUUUCUCUUUCAGUGCAGUGAUGCUGCCCUCUUGGAUGGAGAUCUGAAUUUUCUCUAGAGGGUUUGUCCUAGAGAAAUUGAUCCGGACCUGUUGUCUCAGCCGGCUCAGAGCAAUUUAGAGAAGGUCAUCGAACCUAAAUUAGGAAUGUCGAGUUCAGCUCUGAAAGAUGGGCGUUGUUGUCCAUUCUUAGAGAAACAAUCAGUAUUAGAGUAUCUCGAAUCUCGAAGAGUGGACGGGUUAAAUAGAUUGUUGGUGGUUGAGGCUGUAUCUUGAGUAACCAGUCCACACUUGCUUGCGUCUUGGUCCUUAAUGCUAGCAAAGAGAUUACUCGAGGCAACCCUAGCUUUAGCUUCGUCGUCGCUUUCAUCGUC